AUGAGCGCAAAUUCCAGUGCGGCUCCCGACGCCUGGGACGACUCGUGGGAAAGCCAAGCAGAUAAAUUAGACUCGCAGUCUACCCCGCCGUCCGAAAAGAAAGUCUCGUCCAAAGUGACAAAGGCACAACGCAGGGCACAACAGGCAGAAUUCAACCGACAGUUGUGGGCGGAAGCGGAAUCCCCAGAGACGUUCCACUUCGUCGAAGCGCGCGCCGAUGUCCCCCUCAAGCAGGAUAUCAAACCAGCAGUCACAUUGUUGAGUCGUAAUCGUAAGCCGCACCUUGUGAAACGACAAUCAUCCUCUCCGGGCACAAUCGAUGCUGCAACCGCUGGACUUGGUCAGCUUGGUAUAGAAUACGAUGACGACUCGGAUGAUGACAACAAGCCGCCCGAGCCAACGCCCGAGGAGCGCCAUGCCAUUGCACUCAAGAACCGAGAGGAGAAGCAGCGGAAGUAUGAAGAGGUGCGCGAACGCCUGUUCGGAAGUCCAUCCGCUACAGCUUCGGGUACGUCGUCGCCUGGCAGUACGACCCCGCCUCGCCAGAACCAAAUUCAUUCAGGAGAAGGUAGAGGCCGAGGAAAAGGUCGUGGCGGAGGAAGAGAUAACCGCGAAAAGAGGGAUUCUUCGUCGGCAUCGAGCAAUUCUAGACAUCAUCUCUACGAUCCAGCUAGCCCGGUUAAGUCAAAUGCACCAUUUGGACAGAGAGGUGGCCGUCCUCAGCUUGAACGGAACAGCUCCGACCCUCAAGCUCCUCAGCAACCGCUACGCAGCCCUCGGGGCCCUGAUUCAAGUGGAAGAGGUGGCUUCAAUUUCAAUCGUGGUGCUCGAGGAGGCUAA